AAAAUUAAUAGAAUGUAAUCAAGUCAUUCUAAUUAAUUAUUUAAUGAAUAAAUUAUCGAAAACAAUUAAUACAUGCUCAGAAUAAUAUAAUAAAUGGCGAAUCUAAUACUUCUAGAUAUUUCUGAAAUGCGGCCCGUUAAAUAAUAUUAAUGCAUUGUAAUUAGAUUUUUCCGCAGCGUCAAGGGUUGUGGUGGUCCGCGCCUCCAUUUCCCACAAUGCAUCACGCCCUAGUCGUCGUCUGCCCCCCCCUCCCAAUCAGGCGCUUUCCCUCUCCACUGAACUCAGAGCUGCUUGUGUAAAUCGGUGUUGUUGAAGCUAACGAUGGCGGCGGCGGUGGGAUGCGGCUCGGCGGCCGGGGCUGCUGGCGGAGCAGCGGGCGGCAUGGCUGCGGCGCGCGGGCGCUUCCCCGGGCGGCCGUGGUCGUCGCGGAGCCGCCUGCGCUCGGAGAAGCGGUGGCAGCUCGGCCGCUCGGGCACGGAGCAAGACGACACUAGCGGCGGUGGUGGUGGUAGUGGUGGAGGAGGCCCGAGGCCUGGAAGCUGCCUGGCGCUUGCGUCCACCGAGGACCCGUCUCACCUCCGCCUUCUGGGGAUCGGGGCGAGUUACAGGCGCCUGGGGGAUGCUGGGUACAGCUCGAGCGGCAGCGAGGAGGGAUCAGAAUUCAAAGGUUUCGAGGCUGAAAAUGAAAACAGCAGUGUUCCUGAACAGUCCAGACGAAAUCGUCCUAAACGUAAUCGGGCAUCAACAAUUUCUUCAAAAAGAGUACGUCGGAGACGAGCUCCUGCAACAGCCGCGGUCAGCAAGGUUCAAGCACCUCAGAAUGAUUUCGGAUGUACACAGGAACCUCCCAGCAAAGAGUCUUGCAAUGCUGUUUUGAUCGAAGAUACAGUUUCUGGCUCAGAUAAGCUAACAAAACAAAGACGAAAAAGAGGCUCUGUGAAAGACGAUGCUUCGUCUUCUCCGAGGAUCACUAUCAAGUUAGUGACUAAGAGGAGAGUAGUAGAUGCAUCACAGAAGUCGGAAACUAAAGAAAAUCAAUGUGCCCUAGUCUCAUCUGCACAAGUGAGAUUAAAGAGAGGUGCGAAAGCCCCAGAAAGUGGUCCUGUCGAGGUCAAAGAAGAGAUCGUUGCAAGAAGACGAGGGAGAUCUGCAUCUGUUCCCCAGAAAGUGCCAGAUGCAAAGGUUGAUGACCAAAAAGCGGAGGAAAAGUUGAGGAAGUCAACCCGCAAGACUUCAACGUCAUGUAGUGACACUGUAGAAGCAAAGACUGGUGAAAAGAAGGCGGUGCCAACUGACAGCCUGUCAAAAGAAAGCACAGAAGUCAAAAAGCUUGUGAUUCGCAGGCGGCACAGGUUAGACUCGAACCACGUUGAGCAGCCAGGAGACUACAAAGAGGAGGCCACGUUGUCCGAGUCGGUAUUAGAGGUAUCAACGGUCGGGGAACCUAAACCACCUUCGAGGAAGAAAAAGAAAAAACGGAAGAAGCGGAAUCGGAAAGAAAAAGCUUUAGAAAAGGAUGACAAAAACCGUGAGGCUUUGACUCCGCAACUGACGGGAGAUUCGAUAGAGAACAAUUUCGUGGGAAUCCCAGGAUUAAAAUUGACACGAAUACGAAACCCAAAAGCCAGGUCACGUAAGAAAUGCAGUAAGUUUAUUUGGACCCUAACACUGGUAAAAUGCAAAAGCAAAACUGUCAGUCCCCCAACCCAAGAAAAUCUAAGCAAAGCACCAGAAAGCCUUAGCAAAGAGACAGAAUGUCCCUCGAAGCCAACAAAGGAGCUGGAUGUUCCAACAGAACCUGCAUCUUGUCCAACUGAUAGUUCAGAGACUAACACUUUACAGGAGCCAAAAAUUGAAGAAUUGUUAAACACUGUUAAUGUUACCAAAAGCCCUAAAAAUACAGAGAAAGAUGACGAGAUUUUAAGAAAGGCCGAGGUGACUACUGAAAAAGUUGAUGAGGAGACAUCAAGGAACGAUCAUGAGGAGGGAAGCUUGAGGAUGAAUAAUGAUAAGACCUCAAGUAAGAAUGAGGAGAUAAAUUCAAGAAAUGAUGGUGAGCUGAUCUCAAGCAAGAAUGCGGAGACAAGGUCGAAAAAAGGCCGACAAGUGACCUCUGGAAAGAGUGCAGAAACAGGGUCAAGAAAUGACUGUGAGGUGGCCUUAAGAAAAGAAGAGGAAAAGCCUCAGAUCUCGGUUGCAUCUGAGGUCCUGAAAGAGCCAGCUGAGACAGAUCUAGAGGCGAUGGAUAAAGAUUUCGUUCCUCCUCUCCAGAUAAAGGUUGUGUCAUCACCAGGAAAACAUAAAAGCUUAAAACAGUCAUUUUCAGUCCAGCAAGCUGUAUCUUCACCCAAGUCUAAUCUGAAAGAGGGUUCUGAAGAAGCUGAUCAUCAGUCUCCGUUAGAAAUAGAGAACCAGAUCAAAAUUACAGCCCCUCCUCUUAUGGGCAGGGCAAGACACAAAAUGAGUCCCAACUCUCCUCGAAAGAAGCGUGUAAGGCAUAGACCUUGGACAAGCUGCAGGAGAAAGCCUAAGAUUGCUUCUUCUGGAAAUGACUCAAAUUCCAAAAUGAUUGCUGAAACUGGGAGUUCUGUUAUUGAGACAAAUGCUCUGGUCGCUGAGACAGAGGCUCUAGCUGUCGAGGCAGAGGCUCUAGCUGUCGAGGCAGAGGCUCCAGCUGUCGAGGCAGAGGCUCCAGCUGUCGAGGCAGAGGCUCCAGCUGUCGAGGCAGAGGCUCCAGAUGCUGAGACAGAGGUUCUAGCUGCUGAGGUGGAAGCUCCAGCUACUGAAACUGUAGCGUCAGCCAUUGAAACUAAAGUUCGAGCCGCUAAAACUGAACCCAAAGUGGGGGAAUUACCAGAAUCACAUGAACAGUCUAAACCAAGGAAAUGUCAGGUUGCUCUCUCAAAAGCAAAAGGAUCUCUGCCAAGAUGUAAAACACCAAUGGCAGAGGCAGCUGAACCUACAGGUGUCAGUUCAGCACCUCAACCUGCGACAGAAACGCCAGAAAUUAAGAGUAAAGAGGAACCGUUAACUGAGGCUGCAGCAGUCUUGGUUUUAGACCCUCAGUUGACGAUACCUGGUAAAGCAGAGCCUCUCCUCUAUGCUCGGCAACCAAUCAAGCAAGGCAAGAAAAGGCGAAGAUCUUUAAAAGGACAAAGGUUAAAAGCUCGCAGAAAGAGGUUGCCCUCACGACCGUUAACGGAAGACGCUGAUGUUUGCUCAGAGGUCGUAGCUUCCGAGCCAGCAAGGUCCAAGCUAGUUGGCAUGCUAAAAUCAAAGUACAGAAAGAGGCAUGUUUCAAGUCUUCCUUACACCCUUGAAGACAAAAAAAGGAGGGCAAUGUUGCUAGCAGAGCAAGUGGAACAUGAACUUGGUGCUCAAAGUAAUGAACAAGAAGAAAAGGCUUCUGGCGAUGAAAAAACGGAUACAGAUUCUGUUAAAGUUCAACCGGGUAAAACCACAUUUGUAAAAAACAUCAAGCAUUUUAUAAUGCCAGUUGUCAGUGCUCGGUCCUCACGGGUGAUCAAAACGCCAAAGAGAUUUAUGGAUGAUGCUGACAUGUCAGAUCUGCCACGGAGGAACGCGCAGAAAAAAGGGCACCAGUUAGGAUUGAUUCCCAAAUCAAAGAAACGAGAUGGCAGUGACGAGAAAGAUGAGCCCUCAGCUCUUCUGUCACCGGACGAGGAGGACCUUUUGUUAGAACUACCCGAAGCUCAGUUAGAUCUCGAUUUGUCUUCUGCUGAAGAAUCUAAGCUUGAGCCAGUGGAUGACUUGGAAAAUAUCGGUGAUGAAAAGUUUUCCGGCAAAAGAAAAUCCUUACUUCGAGACCCAGGAUUUAAUUGGCAGGUACUGGAGCCUGCAGGUCCAGAGAUCUGCAACUUUGACCAAGAUCUCGAAAAGGAAUACGAGGCAUUGUUGUCUGAAGAUUUUUCAUUUGAUUCGAUAAUUGACUCGCCUCAAACAAAGAAGCCGAACUUGAAAUUCAAGAAGCCACAAUCGCACUUAAAGCUCUACAAGAAACUCAAGGAUGAACUCAACUUGGGUUCCACCAAGCAAAAGCUGAAAAAGCUCCCAUCUGUUGACCCAGGGAAAGCUGUUUUACCCCCGGCUGAGGCACAAAGUGUGGAUUUAAAGAACGAAACCAGUUUCAUUCAGUCUCUUUCUGAUAUUAAGGCGGAAAAAGCUAAACUGAAGAUUGAGGAUCUUGACACUCCAGGGGUCGUUCGCAAAGUGUCCAUCUGUGUUCGUGCCCUCGGCAACAAGCUGUUGGCGCAGCACCAGGAAGAGCAGGUCGAUGAAAUGCAAGACGAAUUCUCCAUCCAUACAGAUAUUUCACUUCCCAAGAAAUCCAUGGACAUGGAGAAGUUGUUUCAAGCUGAAUCGAGACACGAGAAGUCAAAAGAUCAAAAUAAAAAGAACAUCGUCGAGCCGAAGGAAAGGAGCGUUGUCCAACGGCCUCACCUUUCCAGUGCCAACAAGCGCAUGUUCAACCUUCUCAGGAAAGCCAAGGUUCAGCUCAUCAAGAUUGAUCAGCAAAAACAACUCAAGUCAUCAGGGCUCUUGUCAGAAAGCCGAAUCCCAGCUGAGAAGAAGCCGAUCAGAAAACCAAUGGUGCAAGCUAAGGAUUCCUGUCCUGACAAGACUGUUGCUACCUCUCCAGAGCUGGAGCCUACCAGAGGAGGUCCUCGCAUCAAGCAUGUUUGUCGAGCAGCAGCUGUGGUUCUGGGGCAGCCACGUGCCAUCGUCCAAGACGACAUCCCCAGACUCAGUGCACUUCCACUGCAUGAAAGAUCAGGCAUUUCACCAUCACCUGCUGCUAAAGAUGUGGAAUCGCAUUCUGACCCAGACAGCCCUAUCAUGCCAGAACAGAGGACACCGAAGUUUCGCAAAGCUCGCCAACAUGCCCGCCGAUGUGGCCAGUGCAAAGGCUGUCUUCAUGAAGAGGAUUGUGGCAAGUGCGUUAACUGCCUGGACAAGCCCAAAUUUGGCGGCCCUAACACCAAACGACAGUGUUGUGUGUAUAAGAGGUGUGAUGAGGUUGAAGAAAGAAAGGCCUUGAGAUUAGGUGGCAAGGUCUAUAAAGGGCAAAUGAAGAGGCGUCGCUCAUUAGUCAGUGCUGACCACUCAAGUAAUGAGGAAUGUGAAAUGACAGAGGCAGCGUCUGUAGGAGGAGACAGCCAGAGUCCGUCAUUACGGAAACAACCCAAGCGCACUGUUAAACCACGCUACUACUGCGAUCUGCUGGAUUAUGACUCGGACCUCGACCCGGACAUCAACAGGACGCCACACUCAACCUCACCAGCCCGGAGGAGAGCGCCUGGUCCACGCAACAAUGAUUUUGUGUCACUGGACGACUUUGUUGGUGAUGACCUUGACGAUGGAGUACGACAUCGCAGACCAGGAUUUAACAGAGUUCCACCUAUCAGACGGAAACCUGAGAAGAGUCCUCAGGAGCAGACACCACCCAGUGUCCUGGCAGCGCUGGCUAACGGUUUUGCUGAGAGAGAAAACGAGCCGUCUGAGCCCACAUACAAGAUCUGUGUCGACUUUAAGGAGGACUGCACUGUGCAGAGUGUCUGGUCGACGGGUGGUUUGAGCAUUCUCACCUCUGUGUCUCUCAUGCCUUCAUCUGUGUGCCUGCUAUGUGCCAGCAAAGGACAACAUGAGAUGUUGUUCUGUCAAGUGUGUUGCGAACCUUUUCAUCACUUCUGCUUGGAGCCGUCAGAGCGGCCAGUGAAUGAGAAUAAGGAGAACUGGUGCUGUCGUCGCUGCAAGUUCUGCCGUGUGUGCGGUCGCAAGAACAGACAUUCCAAACCUCUGCUUGAGUGUGAACGAUGCCAAAACUGCUAUCAUCCUGCCUGUCUAGGGCCGAACUACCCCAAACCCAACAAGCGCAAGAGGCCAUGGGUGUGCAUGACAUGCAUCAGGUGUAAGAGCUGUGGCGUGACUCCAGGGAAAAGCUUUGACACAGAGUGGAACCACGAAAAAGGCUUCUGUUCUGACUGCACUCGGUUGUUUGAUCAAGGUAACUACUGCACAAUGUGCUUUAAGUGCUAUGAGGACAACGACUAUGAGAGUCAGAUGAUGCAGUGCUCGAUAUGUAACCACUGGGUUCACGCCAAGUGUGAGGGAUUGACCGAUGACAUGUAUGAGAUCUUGUCAAGUUUGCCAGAGAGCGUCGUGUAUUCAUGCCAGCCUUGCAUUCGGGCACAGGCCAGUGUAGUUCAGGAGACUGAGGAGGGAGAAGGAUGGAGGGAGCUCUUGCUGCUGGAGCUCAGAGCCGGAGUGGAGAAGGUGCUCGCCUGCCUGCUGAGCUCUACUCUCACUCAGCACCUGGUAACUUGCAGCGAGUGUACAGAUGUGGACGAAAUUGGGGACGGAGUUGAUCGAGUUGAUGAUCUUCCUGUUUGCGAUUUGCGUGCUGUAGGGAAGAGGUUUGACAAAAGCUUUUAUAUAACACUGAAAGCUUUCCAUGAGGAUGUGGUGAGAGUGAUUCGCAAAAGGCUAGACGAAGAGGAAUCCUUACCAGAGGCAAAACCAACUGCUCUGGCUCGCUCUUACUAUCUGAAGCUUAUGGAAGAGGUUUUCAGCUGGUUCAACAGUCAGGAUCCUAAAGUGUGGGAUCCACGCUCCAAACAUCUACCAGCUGGAAUGCUCCCAAACGCUGUAAUACCACCAACAAACGAACAUGUUUUUGCCCAAUGGCUGGAACGAGAAGAAAAGAGCAGGACUGUGAACACCACAAAGCAAGCAGGAGGCCUUACAGAGGUCAAAGGGGAAGAUGGAGCGAUCAGCUGUACCCCUCUGUCUCGCAGGCCCAUCAGUGGCCAAUAUAGAGAUUUGAGCAUGAGACUAAAACUGACAGGGAAGAAAUCACGAUCAUCCAGAGAAGAGCUGGACACCGGGUGGUCAAUGGAGGAUGAGCGUCAGUGUGUUCUGUGUCAGAAGUAUGGUGAUGCGAGAUCCAGUGAUGCAGGCCGUUUGCUCUAUCUUGGGCAAAAUGAGUGGGCUCAUGUCAACUGUUCGAUGUGGUCAGCUGAGGUGUUUGAGGAGGAUAACGGCUGCUUGAUGCAUGUACAUAGUGCAGUUGCAAGAGGCCGCCUUAUGCGCUGUGAACGAUGUACCCAGACUGGGGCAACAGUAGGCUGCUGCCUUACCUCCUGCCAAAGCAACUACCACUUCAUGUGUGCCCGUUCUCGCAACUGUGUCUUCCAGGAUGACAAGAAAGUCUUCUGCUACAAGCACCGUGAUCUCAUCAGUGGAAAAAUUGUCACUGGUCAAGGGUUCGAGGUUCUCCGGAGGGUGUAUGUGGACUUUGAGGGGAUCAGCCUUCGCAGGAAGUUUCAGACAGGAUUAGAACCAGAAUAUAUUAAUAUGAUGAUUGGUUCUCUUCAAAUCAGAAAACUUGGGAAGCUUAAUGAUUUGUCACCUAUUCAAGGAAAACUUUUUCCAGUUGGUUACGAAUGCACUCGGUGGUACUGGAGUACAGUAAACCCACGACGUCGCUGCAAGUACACAUGCCGGGUCAGGGAGGUACGACCACCAGUUCAGGAGAAGCCAGUAGAAGAACUGGCUGACCAGGGAGAAAAUCGCACAAUUGCUCACAGUCCAUGUCCACAAUCAGAAUCUGAAACUACGGAGGGAGAUGCGACACCAGCAAAUCCAAGUUUAAUAUCUCCCUUUGCUAAGCCAGACUCUGGUACUCGACCUAAAAAUUCUGCCUAUUCAAUAAAUAGAAGACCAGCUGGUGGGCUAUCUAGACCACUUCCAUCUCCAGGAGCAGCCCCUUCAAAGCCCCACCAUAUUUUGACUAUUAGUGAUCUUGAUGACACCCGCAGACCACGGCGACAUACACCACAGAAUACUGGCAUUCGUGGUCACAAUUCUUGCCCCUCUUUGGGAUCUCCAACUAGCUCGAGUAACCUUCGAUCUGGGGGUUCCCUUCACUCUAAAACCACCCAGCCUACCUCCCCAAUUUUCCCACUUGGUGCUACUGAAAACUUGACCUCCUCGUCAACCCGCCCUGUCAGUCGAAGCGCUUCCUCUGCCCGGGGUGCCGGAAUUUUGGCAUCCCAUUCUACCUCAGGACUGUUUCCAGAGCCCAUGUGGCAUGGUGGCACCGGCAGCCCCCCUCCUUCUAACCGAUCCCUGUCUUCGCCCACCCACCUUUCAACAAGACCAAGGUUGCCUUUUGACCUUAAUCAGCUGGACUCUGCAGAACUGCCACACAAUUUCAUGGCAUCACCACAAGAACUGCCUACAGAAAAUGGAACCUCACCUUUAAGAGACGCAGUAGAUCCACAAAGAGGCAGUCAUCUAGUCACUGACAAGGAAUUCCCAUAUACUCCCUUUCAGUUGGACUCGGACCUAACUGUGGUAUCAGAACUUAAAACUGAGCUUGAAAUUGAAGCAACAGUACUAAAUGAGGGGGUGACUAUGAACUGUAGUGAACAGAUUGUCGUUGAAGGUGAAGAGGAUCAAGAUGAGUUUUGGGGUCCAGACGCACAGGUGGCUGCUCGAAUAUUACCUCAUACUACAGAGGAUUGGGGUAAUAGUUCCUCUGAUGAUGAUAUGGGAAAUUAUUUUGACUUUUCACGCACUAUAGUAACUUGCAAAGGCCCAAAAGAAGCCUCAAAGACACCCCCUUCCACCUCCAUAAAAUCAAUUUCACAAUUGGAUGGUGUAGAUGAUGGAACUGAGAGUGAUGCAAGUGUAACAAGCAGUAAUACCCAAAAUCUGAAGAACCCAAGUCAGGUUCAGAAACCGUCUCAGGCUCUUGAUGGUCUGCAUCACAAACAGUGGAAUAGUAAUGGGCUAUGUGUAGAACUCCCAAGUCUGAGCAGUCAGCUCCAACCUCCAGCCAAGCCAUUUGGCUCUUUAUCUUUGGUUAGUACUACUGAUCAGAGUUCAAGUAGCCCAACACAUUCCCAGAUUCCACAAGAAACCAUGGGUUACACUAAAUCAGGCUUCCCAGAUAUAUAUCAGAACACUGACUUUCUUGGUCAAACAUUUCAGUCAAGUCCUGUGGUGCCCCUCAGGAGACAUCAGCUAAUUUUGUUGUGCCAAAGGAAACAGAUACAACAUUUUCCACUUUCAGUGAAGACAUCCAGGAAUUCGGUUUACCUACAGAUCUGGGGUUACCUGAUGCUAGACAGAUGUGACCCUCCCUCACCCAGCACCUGUUUUACUGAGCUAGUUACAGUUAAGGAAGAUCCUCAAAUAGACAUGCAAGAAUCCACAGAGACAAAAGAAAUCUACUUGGAUCAUAACAGUGGUCAUUUUGUUUCCUCCAUUGAUGGUUCUAUGAUUUGCCCAGAUGGUUUAGCAAAGGGUUUAACAGAAGAGUCUUUUACAAACCCAGCAAAUGGAAGCCAGAAUCAAGUACCGCCAGAGCCAGUGUCUACAGCUACAGAAAUUGGCAGUUCUAAAGUUCAGUCUGCUCCAUGUUUGCAGUCUUCGUUCAUGUCAUUUGCAAAUUCAUCAUCUUCAAAUAUUACUUUACACCCUGUCCAAAUCUCUGAAAACAAGACAGUCCUUCCACCAAUGGAGACUUUUCGUAACAAACUGCUAUCACCAACAGACAUAGGACAACAGUCAAUUCCAAGAGGAGUGAAUUCUGCUGAUUUGCCUACACAGCCUGAUUCAGUGCUUCCUCCACAAUCAGGCACCGGUGUAGCCCUUGCAUCUCUUAGGGCAGUGCCUUUCGCACAACCUGUGGGCUCAGCAACAGUCAGCAUAGUCCCAGCUGUACACUCCCAAGGACCUGUUCAGUGCCAUUCAGUACCCUCUAUAAUUCAACCAUGCCCUGUUGUUGUCAAUGGCUUUAGCUCUAUGCCUAUGCAAAGGGAAGCUACCACAGGGCGUACAAUUUCCAUCAACUUUUCCACUCCUAGACCAACAUUGGAGCCUCAACAAACGAUGACUCAAGCAUUACCAGGUCAUGCAAUUCUCACUGUGAAAGAGGUGGGUGGACCCAAUGUGGAUCCAACCCCUCAUGUUUUACUUGUCAAUCGUCUUGGCCAAAUCUUUGUCAAAAAUCCUGAAAGCAACACUUUUCAGCUUCCCAGUCCCACCUCACCUUCCUACAACUGCGUUACACAGAUCGCCAGCCUUUUGCAAAGCAAUGCUCUCUCUGCUACUCUGGCAGCUGCAGGCAACAUACCUGCAGUUGCUGGAGCAGCUAUCACAGCCCAAGUCCCCAGAAUGGUGACACCUGCUAUUCAGAACUCCAAUACCAUAACUCAGCUCCUCACUUCUAAUAGCAAAGCAACAGCAUCACCAAUAGAAGUCCAGAAAACAAACUGGAAUCCAAACGAACCUGCUGAUGUCACUAUACCUGGGAUAAAAAAGCUACGGAAAAAGAAGGAACCCCCGACACCUCGGAAAACAAAGUUAACUACUGUACCUGAGUCAUCUGUCAAGCCAGAAGAAAAUCAGUCAGAGUGCGCUCAAGCUAUUAUUAACCAAGCAAUGGCCAGCUAUUACGACCCCAGUCGAAAGGCUAGUCGAAUUCUGAGCCCUCCCUUGCUGUGUAACACCACUGCUGUUGCCAAAGCCCAAUCCCCAAGUUCCGUAGUUCUAUCGCCAGGCCUUCUCAUUGAACCAGCAUCCACAAAUCCUCCACUAUCCACCCCAAGCUUAGUAACUUCUCGACCAAAGCAGGUUCGAAUGAAAAGGGUGUCCUCUCUCUCUGAUCGCAUUGCCACCAAAAAAUCUAAAUCUGACUUUUUAGAGCCAGAGCACAUCAGUGGCCCAGAAGAGCAACGCAAAUUGAAUUCCGCGGCUUCAAGGUGUGGUGGAGUUCGCAUCAAAACUCCAACUGUCAAAGGGAUCCUUGACCUGGACAAACUCAAUGAGGAGCACAGUAGUGAUUCUGAAAGCACGAAGUCAGGGCUUUGGGAUCGUUUUACUGUGUUCAGAGGUAGUGACACCAGUAAACCACAGGCCUUGGACACCACAUGGUGCAGUUCACUAUCUGACUGGAACAAAUGCUCAGGGAUGUUGUCAGGCUCCGAGGAUGAGAUGCCUCCUCCGGAUUGUGAAGAGAAACACCCCCCCAGAGGAGACCAGCCACACCUACGCUUCGAAAUCACUAGCGAUGAUGGUUUUAGUGUGGAGGCAGACAGCAUUGAAGUGGCCUGGAGGGCUGUGAUUGACGGAGUGCAGGAAGCUCGUGCUGUAGCCAAGCUUCGGCAACUUUCCUUCACAGGGAUUACCGGAUCUCGAAUGAUGGGGUUGCUCCAUGAUGCCGUGGUUUAUCUGGUGGAACAGCUUCAGGGGGCAAAGAGCUGCCAUGGUCACACUUUCCGAUUCCAUAAACAGCCAAGCCAGGAGGAAGAUUUGCCCAUUAACCCCAGCGGCUGUGCUCGCUCUGAGGUCUACCUUAGGAAAUCUACCUUCGACAUCUUCAACUUUUUAGCUUCCCAGCACAGACAGCUUCCUGACACUGAUCUCUGUGAUGAAGAGGAGGAUGAUGUUCUACUCAAAUCCAGCAGACGAGCAACGAGUUUGGAGCUUCCCAUGGCAAUGCGCUUCAGACACCUAGAACGAACUUCCAAAGAAGCUGUUGGUGUUUACAGGUCUGCAAUUCAUGGACGAGGGCUGUUCUGCAAGCGAAACAUUGAAGCUGGUGAAAUGGUCAUUGAGUACUCCGGCAUUGUCAUUCGCUCCGUUCUGACCGACAAACGGGAGAAAUAUUACGAUGGAAAGGGCAUCGGUUGCUACAUGUUCCGCAUUGACGACUUUGACGUCGUCGAUGCAACCAUGCACGGCAACGCGGCACGUUUUAUCAACCACUCGUGCGAGCCCAACUGCUACUCCCGCGUCAUCAACGUGGAGGGCCAGAAGCACAUCGUCAUUUUCGCCUUACGCAAGAUCUACCGUGGGGAAGAGCUCACCUACGACUACAAGUUCCCCAUCGAGGAUGCCAGCAACAAGCUCAGCUGCAACUGUGGAGCCAAGCGCUGCCGCCGCUUCCUAAACUGAGUGGACUGUUCAGAAAAUCCCGAAAAGUGCAGGGAGGAAAGAAGACGGGCAAUAAAUCGGAGGCAAAGUGGACUGUGGAAAGCGCCGAGAUGGAAAAGUCCCGCUAGCAGUGGUUUUUGAUAGUCUUAUAAAAUUAGGACUGAAACCACUGGAAGUCCACUGGACAGGUCUAGACACGGCUGAAGGGACAUGUGCGUGAUGCACAAGCACUCCAACAAAAAAGUGGGAUGGUCAUAGAAACACCUGCUUAACAAUCUGAGCAUUUUAUUCCAGACCACAAAACAGAAAAGUUCUGCUUCAUGCUUCCCUUUUUACAACACAGAGGUCUUUAUGAGGCUCAGACUAGUAGAGUUGUGCACUCCUCCUAUUGCUGAUAUUUGUCAAAUUGUUGCUGCUGAAAAACAAUUUUGGCUCAUUUUGGGAACCUGUGUAAGGUGUUCCAGGGUUUUUUUGGGUUUUUCCUUUCUUCGUUUUUGUGCACGAGCAACAAGUACAGAAAUUGUCUCGCUGAUAAAAUCUUGGUGGCUGGUGCAUCAGUUUUAGCUAUUACAACAGUUUUAUUUCCGGCUAAACAGAUUGUGCUGACCUUCUGCAGUCCAUGGCCUCUAAAAAUCUGACUCCGGUUUUCUCCUGCACUUCGAAACAAGUGCAAAUAGAUGUACAGGAGUUUUGUGGCAGUGAGAAUAUACUGUACCUGAAUGAAUAUAUGACUAAUCAAGAGAUAUAUCUAUAUAUACUUUUAACUGAGAUGUUUAUCUGUGAUGCUCAUGCUAGAACAUAGUAUAGGACUUGAUGUUUAGGAGAAGAUAAGGCUUUAUUCUGCUCAGGAAGAUGCUGUGAACCCCUGCAAUACGCCAUCACCACCCAUUCCGUUUGUAAAUCAUUUAGUAAGAAGAUUUUUUUUUCCCCUCAAUAGAACGUCUCGAAUCAGCCUUUAAGCUCUUUUUUUCAGAAGCCACUGCUGUAAUAUCUGAUUAGAAAACUCCCACUAGGCCUGUGUAUAUUAUUUAUUUUUAUAGCAUGUUUAUUUUUGUCCCAAUUCUUGACUAUUGUUAAUUUAAUCAAGCGGAAAUGUAUGUCUCCCUUCUUGGGACCCUGCUGUUUCUCACCCCCCCAUCCCCCCCACAUGUCAAUUUUGCCCAUUUUUCGAAACCUUUGAAUUCUUUAUGGUGCUAAACGUACAUUCGAAAUCGUACAUUUCAUCAUCUUCAUCUUUGCCAUUCAUUGCAGUGUAAGAGACUUUUUUAUUUGUGAAUCGCUCAAGUACUUGACACAUUAAAAUGAAUCUCGACAUGCCUUUUCCCCCCUCUGCUGUCGGCAUUGAACACUACUUGAGCUAACUAGGGAUACUCACUUCGUAUUUACAGCAUUUUUUGACAGUUCUUUCAUGUUUUCCUGUUUUAGUCACAUUUACAUACAUACAGAAAUCAUGAUCCCUAUAAUUGCUCAAGAAAAUCUCAGAAGCAACAUUUUCUGGUCCUCGGACAGAUUCUUUUUAGCAGUGAUUAAUAAUUACCGAUGGAUCAGUAAUUAUUAAUCACUCACAGCCCCCACGCACUCAGCACCUUGAGGUCCCUUUAUUUUAGACUUAAGACAUUUCCGUUUCCUUCUUUCAUAAGGAAAAAGAGACAACUGAUACCAAUCUUAGUAUCUCAGAAUGACGACUGCUCAAGCUUUAUGGCGUAUUUAUUCUUGUUUGUUGUUUAGAUUAUGGGAGUAAAUGUGCGUUCUCUAUGGCCAAGGUCUUUCUUUUGUUUACAUAGCAUCUUUAAUUUCUUUUUUUCUUGACUUGAACAUUCUUCGAGGAGGAGUUCUUGCAGUGCAGCCUUUUUAAGGUCGUGUUUUGAGCCAGAGGUUCUGUUUUAAAAGCGUAUGAUUUUAGUUCUUGUUUUAACUUGUAAAUUGUGGCAACAUGCUUUAGGGAAACCGUUUCUUUUCUCUCUCUCUCCACGCUUCACUAUCUGCCAGAAACAGCUUCCAGUGCUUGUCGCUGCUCCUUUCGUGUUUUAAUGAUUGCUGGCUUUCUAACAGCCCUAAACAGCCGGUCAGACAGUCUGGCCCUCCUCUUUGAGAUAAAUAUCACGAAACUGAAUUUCACCCUUUGUGUUUUUGUUUUCUUUUCUUUUUCUUUCACUGAGCUUGCAAGGAUUCUACCUCAGGCUGUUCAGAAUGACUGUCAAAGAAUACUAAUGCAAAACCUAGAUGACGAUACGAUAUCACUUGGUCUUAAAUGUUCUGUAGAGAUGGCCUGUGUGCAAUGAAGGAUGCAAAGCACUAGUCAAGACCUUCUGUGACUAUCUGUCUCCCAGAGUUGUGUGGAAAAACUGUAUGUACCUGCGUGGGGUAAUUUUAAAAAGAAAAAAAAAUAAUGUGUCGAGAAAAGACUUCAAAAUGAGAAAAUGUGUCUUUACUACCUUGUACAAAGUACCCUAAGUCUGUAAAUAAUUGUAUACAUAUUUCUAAACCUGUUUAAUUUUUCUAUGCACUUUUUUAUUUAUAAUGUUAUUUGCUUAAUAAAGAUGUUACAAUGUUUGAA